GCCGUGCGGUGGAGACGGAGCUUCAGGCCUGGGUGAAUCUGACCCGGGUCCCAGAUGAGACCUGAGUGCAUCCGUGGGAGGCAGUGGGCAGGGCCUCGCCUCCCCUGCGAGGCCGCGGCUGUGAGCGGCCCUGGAGGACAGCAGGUGACGACCCGGGGACCUCCUCCGCCCCCGGCCGCCCCCUUCUCAGACCUGGCUGCCCUCCGGCUGGUUGUCGCUGCCUCACCUGCCUGUUGGGCUCCGAGGAGUGAGCGUCCCAGCUGCAAGAUGGACCAGCCAGAGCCGCCUGCCCCCGCGCCCGAAGAAAAUGAGGUGAAACACGACACCAACAAUAACGAAGAGGACGAUGGAGAGCAGUUUGAUUUUGACAGUGGAGACGAGAUUCCAGAGGCAGAUCGGCCAGCUGCAGGCGGCCAGGCCGGUGGUGCCAGUGGUGCAGGCGUGGACACCAAGUCGGGCCCAGGAGGCGAACUCGGGAGGGGAAUGGAUGCUGACGUCCCUGCAGAAGGCACGACGCCCGAGGUCCCGACAAGGGUGAACCCCUACUCUGUCAUCGACAUCACGCCCUUGCAGGAGGAACAGCCCCCGCCCGCAGACCCAGAUGUGGAGGAGGAGGGCGCCAGCCCGCCAGUGCCCAGCGGGUACUCGGUGCCCGUGCCUUGCGGCUAUGCCGUGCCCUGCAACCUGCCGCUGCUCAUGCCCGCCUACUCCAGCCCCGUCGUCGUCCGCACCGCAUCCCUGGACGAGGCAGAGACACAGGAAGCAGCAGAAGACAGCCCAUUUAAUUCUCUAAGUUCUGAGGAUCCAGCAAACAGUGACGAGCGAGCGCCUCAGGAGGACAGUGCCCUCGCCCGGUGGGCGGCGGACCCGGCCAACACCGCGUGGAUGGAGAAUCCAGAAGAAGCCAUUUAUGAUGACGUGCCGAGAGAAAAUUCAGACUCUGAACCAGAUGAGAUGAUUUAUGAUGACGUGGAGAAUGGAGAUGAAGGUGGAAACAGUUCUUUGGAGUACGGAUGGAGCUCCAGUGAAUUCGAGAGCUACGAGGAGCAGAGUGACUCCGAGUGCAAGAACGGGGUCCCCAGGUCCUUCCUGCGCAGCAACCACAGACAGCAAAUGCAGAAACUCAUGAAGGCUGCAAAGGAGGGCACUAAAGACGGGCUGGAGAAGACCAAGGCCGCCGUGAGGAGGGGCCGCUCACUCAUCAGGACCAAGUCCUUCAUGGCCCCAGAUCACAGGUCUUGUCUGGAAGAAGAGCAGAGUUUGUUUAUCGACGUGGACUGCAAGCACCCCGAAGCGGUGCUCACGCCGAUGCCCGAGGGCCUGUCUCAGCAGCAGGUGGUACGAAGAUACAUUCUGGGUUCCGUUGUGGACAGUGAGAAGAACUAUGUGGAUGCUCUAAAGAGGAUUUUGGAGCAGUACGAGAAGCCGCUGUCGGAGAUGGAGCCCAAGGUCCUGAGCGAGAGGAAGCUGAAGGUGGUGUUCUACCGGGUCAAGGAGCUGCUGCAGUGCCACGCCAUGUUCCAGAUCGCGCUGGCCAGCCGUGUGGCCGAGUGGGACUCCGUGGAGACCAUCGGCGACGUCUUCGUGGCUUCGUUUUCCAAGUCCAUGGUGCUGGACGCCUAUAGUGAGUAUGUGAAUAACUUCAGCACGGCCGUGGCGAUCCUCAAGAAAACGUGUGCCACAAAGCCCGCGUUCCUUGAAUUUUUAAAGCAGUGCCAGGAGUGCAGCCCCGACCGCGUCACACUCUACAGUCUGAUGAUGAAGCCGAUCCAGCGGUUCCCACAAUUCAUCCUCCUGCUGCAGGACAUGCUGAAGAAUACGUCCAAAGGACACCCCGACCGGCUGCCCCUUCAGAUGGCGCUGACGGAGCUGGAGACGUUAGCGGAGAAGCUAAACGAGAGGAAAAGAGACGCCGACCAGCGCUGUGAAAUCAAGCACGUCGCCAAAGCCAUAAACGAGAGAUACCUGAACAAGCUUCUCAGCAGCGGGAACCGGUACCUCGUGCGGUCUGACGAUAUGAUCGAAACCGUCUACAACGACAGAGGAGAGAUCGUUAAGACCAAGGAGCGCCGGAUCUUCAUGCUGAGCGAUGUGUUGAUGUGUGCCACAGUCAGUGCACGCACCUCGGACAGCAGCACGAUCAUGUCUACCAGCCAAAGGUACCUGUUAAAGUGGAGUGUUCCUCUCGGCCACGUAGAAGUGAUAGAGUACGGCAAUAAUGCAGGCGCUGGGGAAAACAGGUGUCCCCCGGUAUGCCCACCUGAGAGCCUGGCGGUCGUUGCCAACGCUAAGCCAAACCAGGUGUACGUGGGGCCGGGACAGCUCUAUCGGGAUUUGCAGAACCUCCUGCAUGACUUGAAUGUCGUCGGCCAGAUCUCGCAGCUGAUCGGGAACCUCAAGGGAAACUAUCAGAACUUGAACCAGUCAGUGGCCCACGACUGGACGUCGGGUUUACAGAGGCUCAUUCUGAAGAAGGAAGAGGAGAUCAGGGCCGCGGACUGCUGCCGGAUCCAGUUACAGCUGCCCGGGAAGCAGGACAAGUCCGGGCGGCCCACGUUCUUCACAGCCGUGUUCAAUACGUUCACGCCCGCCAUCAAAGAGUCCUGGACCAACAGCCUGCAGAUGGCCAAGCUGGCGCUGGAGGAGGAGAAUCACAUGGGCUGGUUUUGCGUGGAGGACGACGGGAAUCAGAUUAAGAAGGAGCGACACCCCCUCCUCGUGGGACACAUGGCAGUGACAGUGGCCAAGCAGCAGGAGUUCAAGAUCGAAUGCGCCGCCUACAAUCCGGAGCCCUGUGUGAAUAGUGAGGUCCAGCCAGAUUCGUCGUCCACGGCGCACGGUUUCCUGUGGAUCGGAAGCUGCACCAGCCAGAUGGGCCAGAUCGCCAUCGUGUCCUUCCAGAGCUCCAGCCCCAAAGUCAUCGAGUGCUUCAACGUGGAGUCCCGGACCCUGUGCAUGGUGUUCGUCCCCGCGGACCCUGGGGCCGCGGCUGGGAGGGCGCCGGGCGUGCCCACCAUCUGCCUGGGCACCGAGGAGGGCAGCAUCUCCAUUUACAAGAGCAGCCAGGGCUCCAAGAAAGUGCGUCUGCAGCACUUCUUCGCCCCCGACAAGUCCACGGUCAUGAGCCUCGCCUGCACGCCCCAGAACCUGUAUGCUGGCCUGGUCAACGGGGCCGUGGCCGUCUACGAGAAGGUGGAAGAUGGGUCCUGGAAUCCUGAACCUCAGAAAGUGAUAAAACUAGGCGUCCUGCCUGUUAGAAGCCUCAUCAUGACGGAGGACACAUUAUGGGCAGCUUCUGGAGGUCAAGUUUUUACCAUCAGCACCGAGACCCACACGAUAGAGAGCCAGCUGGAGGCACACCAGGAAGAAGGCAUGGUGGUCUCCCACAUGGUCGUCGCCGGCGUGGGGAUCUGGAUCGCCUUCACCUCAGGCUCCACGCUGCGUCUCUUCCACACCGAGACACUCAAGCACCUGCAGGACAUCAACAUAGCCACCCCCGUGCACCACAUGCUGCCAG